CUCGCUUGGGAUAUACCUUAGCAUUCUUCCAGUCAUGUCUCUCUCCUUCCCGCCUCGUGAGCUCUACUACGACGGCCAGGUGCGCGCCGCCUCGUCGGGCAAGACCUUCCAGACGGUCAACCCCGCCACCGCAACCCCGCUGGCCGAUAUCCAGAUUGCCUCCAACGCCGAUAUCGAUGCCGCCGUCGCGGCGGGCGAGCGCGCAUUCCCUUCCUGGUCCCGGACUCCUGCCAUUGCGCGUGCGCGUAUCCUCCAUAAGGCCGCUCUUCUCCUGCGCGAGCGCAACGAUGAGAUUGCCCGUGUCGAGACUUUGGACUCCGGCAAGGCUUUCACCGAGACCAGCACCGUCGAUGUUGUGACCGGGGCCGAUGUGCUGGAGUACUACGCCAACUUUAUUGGUGGCGGUGGCCUGAAUGGCGAGACCACUGAGUUGCGCGAGGAUGCCUGGGUAUAUACCAAGAAGGCUCCUCUGGGUGUGUGCGCCGGUAUUGGUGCUUGGAACUACCCUAUCCAGAUUGCCCUCUGGAAGUCCGCUGCUUGCCUUGCUGCGGGUAACACCAUGGUCUACAAGCCCAGUGAAUUCACCCCGCUCCACGCCCAGAUUCUCGCCCAGAUCUACACCGAGGCCGGUCUCCCCGCGGGUGUCUUCAACGUGGUCAACGGCGCUGGCGACGUUGGCGCCUACCUGACUAGCCACCCCACAAUUGCCAAGGUGUCCUUCACUGGCCAGGUGUCGACCGGAAAGAAGGUGGCAGGCUCUGCCGCGGGCAACAUGAAGUACGUGACCAUGGAGCUGGGUGGCAAGAGCCCCCUCAUCGUUUGCCCCGACGCGGACCUGGAGAACGCGGUCGACGGUGCCAUGAUGGCCAACUUCUACAGCACGGGUCAAGUUUGCACCAACGGUACCCGGGUCUUCGUUCCGCGUGCCAUGAAGGCUGCUUUUGAGAAGCGCCUGCUGGAGAAGAUUUCCUACGUGCGGGCUGGACCCCUCUUCGACGAGCAGACCAACUUCGGUCCCCUGAGCUCCGCCGCUCACCAGGAGAAGGUCCUCUCCUACAUCCGCCACGGAAUCGAGACGGACCGUGCGACCCUGCUCUGCGGUGGCCUUGAGAAGCCCGCCGUGCCCCAGGACCUGCAGGCCGGCUUCUGGGUGAAGCCUACCAUUUUCACAGACUGCACAGACUCCAUGCGUAUCGUGAAGGAGGAGAUCUUCGGACCGGUCAUGUCCGUCCUGUACUAUGACAGUGUCGAGGAGGCCGUGCAGCGUGCCAAUGCCACGGAGCUCGGCCUCGCUGCCGGUGUCUUCACCAAGGACCUGAACCAGGCCCACCGUGUGAUCGAUCAGCUCCAGGCAGGUAUCACAUGGAUCAACACCUGGGGUGAGAGCCCUGCGGAGAUGGCCGUCGGUGGCUGGAAGAGCAGUGGCCUGGGCGUGGAGAACGGCCGCCGUGGUAUUGAGGCCUGGGUGCAGAACAAGAGCACCGUCGUCGAGAUGAGCGGUGCCGUGGCUAGCGUCUUCGCCAAGCUGUAA